UUGUUGUUUGAUUACACCAUUAUAUAAACGAAUUUCAUUUGAUUUAAUUUUUUCUAUUUUAAUAAAAAUAUUUCAAACAUUUAGUAAAAUUCAUACAUUUAAAGUUGAAAUAUAAUAUAAUAAUUAUAAGUCAUGUAUAGUGGAUUUGAAGUUCAUCUUAAUAAGGAACCAUUACCAUUACAACAACUAACUAUUGGUGACAAUGAUGAGCAAAAGGAAAGGGAUGCUAUCGAUGCUAAACUAUUCAAAUUUAGUUCAAUUAUGGGCCAAAAAGAUAAACCAAUCGGUUCCAUAACUAUACCGAUAAAUAGUUUAGUCUACGAUAUGGAUCACCAACAACGGGGUAAAUGUAUUAUUUUCAAUCACCGAUUGUUUGACACACACACCGGUUGUAAGCCACGAAUGGGCACCGAACGAGACGCCGAAGCCGUGGCAUAUGCUUUCAAUAGACUACAGUUUGAAGUCGUCAACUAUUUGGAUAAGACAUAUAAGGAAAUCAGAGAUAUAAUGAUAACACUAUCUCUUGAAGAUCACAGUCAUAGAGAUUGUGUGGUUGUGGUUGUGCUGACACACGGCGACGAAGAUGUGUUGUGGGCCCGAAACGCCAAAUACCCGAUUCAAGUGUUGUUUGAAUUUCUUAACGGCGAUAGGUGUCCAACACUUGUGGGUAAACCUAAAUUAUUUAUAAUUCAGGCCUGUCGUGGCAGUGAGUUUGAUGCCGGCACUAAACUGGCAGCACUGGGCAAGGAUGUAGUGGACAACAAGCCCGCGGCUCCGAUCUAUAAAAUCCCAACAAUUGCCGAUUUUCUUGUUUAUUAUAGUACAGCACCCGGUCACUAUUCCUUUCGCAAUACACAAAACGGGUCUUACUUUAUCCAAACUCUGGCCGAUGUACUGACCCAGUGCUACAACAAUACUAAUUACGAUUUGUUAACAAUCUUCACAAUUGUCAACCAACGGGUGGCCUUCGAGUUUGAGUCCAAUUCACCGAAAGACAAACAAUAUCAUCACAAGAAACAAAUGCCAUGCAUAUCAUCAAUGCUUACACGACUAUUACAUUUAAAUCCAAAAUUUAAUAAUAAUUCAGUCGAUACAGACAAACAAGAUAUUCAAAGUGUUGGUCAAAUGCCAGUGUCUGUCGACAAAUGCAAUCCAAUAACAGAGGAAAUGUCGUCACAAUCUAUCAGUGAAUCCAAUCAAACAACACAAGAAACUCCUAUACAAUCUACGGGACAAUUAUUAGUCGAGCCAAUGGAUCAACCAAUUGAUCAACAAAAUACUAAUAACAACCCAUUGACGGAUUAGUAUGAAUAACCCGUUUGGACUACAAAAAAAAACCAUAACUGACCCCAACUUUUAUUUAUCAAAUAAACAAAUUUAUUAUUUAAAAUAACUU